ACUCCCAACCAUCCCCUUCUACUCUUUUAACGGCCAACUCCCUCCCUGCUCCGGCAUAAAUACCCUCUAUCUCCACCACUCUCUCCGCCCACAAAAAAAAAAAACCCCUUUUCUCAAUAUCUCUCUCACUUUCUCUCCGCCGCCAAUGUCUCAAAUAUUCCACAGCCGCGUGAAGCCCAUCACCAAGCUAACUGCGGUGUCCAGCAACCCAAGCGUCUCGGGUCGUGUCUACCCGCUUUCGGCCGCGGACCACGCUCUGGCCCGGCACAGCGCCGCCGUUGUCAUGUACUACAGCGAGAAUCCGUUUGGGUCGUUUAUUCUGGACCCGAUGAGAGAGUCGCUCUCGAAGGUUCUGACGCUGUACCCGACAGUGACGGGUCGGUUGACCCGAACUGAAAAUGGGAACUGGGCGGUGAAAGGGAAUGACGCCGGAGUUAGGGUUACGAUGACGAAGGUGGGGAGCAGUCUUGAUGAGUGGCUCAGAUCUGCCGAUUCGGUUGAGGAAAGAGAUCUGGCGGCUUUUGAUGAAAUGCCGGAGGAUCCGUAUAUAUGGUCGCCGUUCCGUAUUCAGAUCAAUGAGUUUGAAGGAGGGGGUGUGGCCAUUGGAGUGAGCUUCACUCACCUAAUUGCAGAUCCAACCUCUGCAACUUUUCUCUUGAAAACAUGGGCAGAUGCGCAUCGAGGAGGACCCGUUUCGCCACCGCUUUUCACCAAACCGUCGUCGCUUGGAGAUGGAGAAAAAAUCCCCAACAUAGCCACAAAAUCAACUUCUUUCUAUGCCAACAAGUCCAAAUUAGAUAAUCACAUUGUUUCUCCUACCAAAAUGUCCUCAGUUACCUUCAAAUUCUCCAACACAACAAUCAAUCAAUGCCUCUCAAAAAUCAAACCCCAUUGUCCUAAUGCCACCCCUUUUGAUUUUCUUGCUUCACUCUUUUGGAAACAAAUCCUCAAAAUAAAGAGUAAUUCCCCCAACAGUGAACACAACAACAACAACAACAAUAAUCACUCAUUAUCAAUAUGCUCUGACAUCAGAAACUCAUUCCAAUCCUCAAAUUCACAAAGAUGCUACUUUGGAAAUGCUCUACACAUAUCACAACUUACUAUAGAUCCAAAAGAAAUGGAGCAACAUGAAUUGGGACAGAUUGUGGAGUUAGUACACAACCAUUUAGAAAGGCUUGGUGAAGAGGAAGAAGAGACUUGGUCUGCUAUGGAAUGGCUAGAGUCUCAGAAGGAAAAAGAUGGGAAAUACGUGAUGCCGUUCAAGAUGUAUGGUCCGGAGUUGAGUUGUGUAAGUAUGGAACAUAUGAUGAUGAUGAUGAAGAAGGGAAAUGAUAAUGAGUCUUUGAGUUAUGCAACAAAGUUUGUGAAGGAUUCAAAGCCUGUUCAUGUAUCUUAUAAUAUUGGGAAUGUUGAAGGUGAAGGAUUGAUAAUUGUAAUGCCUUCAAACGAAGGAGGGGUAGCAAGGAAUGUGGUGGUGAUGUUACCUUCAGAAAGGGAAGUGGAUGAGCUUUGUGAAGAUCAAGCCAUUUUGAGCUUCAACCCAACAAUGAUCCUUGGUGGAAGACACAAAUAAUCUUAAUUAUUAACAAUCUAGUUUUUGUUUGUUUUUACUUGCUUUUUGGUGUGUGAAUGUGUACUCUAUUUAUUUAGAGUGGUAUUAAUAUAAGAGCAUAUGUCUUUUUCUAGCAAAUUUGUAGAAAUAAAAAUUUAAUAAGGAACAAUUUAAUCUUUAUAUUUUAUAAUUUAAUAAAAGUGUAAACUAAGGAUAUUAGAAUA